AUGGAGACCAAUGUUCGUGCGACUUUGCGGCUGCGAAAGAGAAAGAGCAAGGAAGAACAGGUCACCGACUCUGGCGCGACCGUCGAGAACGAUGUCCGCGGAGAAGACGUGGUAUGGGGCAAGACUCCGGGCGGUGAAGUGUUUCGCGUCCCAACGACGCACGACGUGUUGACCCUGUUCAACCCGACGUACCCAAAAUCUCAUUUCGACCUCGCCAACCUUGCUUUACUCGGCUUCCAGAUCUUGCUAUUCUGCGUCCUUCCUCGUUCUGUGUCCAAGGUCUUUUUCUUCUUUUACUUUGCGUUGUGGCGGGCGGCGUAUGACGUGGGGCUCGGUUGGGUGCUCACCAAACAAAGCAAGAAGAAAUGGAUCGUCAAAGAGGUGCAAAAACUUGGAUGGCUCGACGAGAAGCGCAUGCCUGAGAUGAGGAACUGGAUACGCAAGCAACUGGCAGGCAAGAUGGGCAAGGACUACUCCUUUGACGAGCUACCAUUGGAAUAUAAUGCUUGGUUACUUUUUCGCCAGGUCGUCGACAUUAUUCUGCUGAAUGAUUUCGUGGCGUAUUGUAUGUUCGCUUUCGCGUGCUUCCGUGUUCCUGACGGCUUGUUUUUCGUGACACAUAUUAUGAGGUGGAUCGGGGGAUUGGCUCUGAUUGCCUUCAAUCUUUGGGUCAAGACUGAGGCGCACCAUGUCGUCAAAGACUAUGGCUGGUACUGGGGAGAUGUUUUCUUCCAGCGCGGAGCCCUUGUUUUCGACGGUGUUUUUGAACUGGCACCUCACCCAAUGUACUCUGUUGGCUAUGCUGGGUAUUAUGGCCUAUCUCUUAUUGUCGGUAGUUACGCAGUGUUGUUUGCCAGUCUCGCAGCUCAUGCGGCUCAAUUUGGCUUCCUCGUAUUCUUUGAAAACCCACAUAUCGAGAGGACCUAUGGUCAGCGAAAGCUCUUAGCCCAACGGACCCCUCUUCUCGGUAUGACCACCCGCAAGACCGAUGCGGAUGGCACCUCCGUAAAGGAGCAUGGCCGGAGCCAGUCCAUCGGAUCUAUGGGUUCGACUACUCCAUCGGCUACCGAGGGCGAGACAGGGACAGAGACAGACGGCCCAGAGACUGAAUCCGAUUCCGACACCGAGAUUGAGGGCAGUCGCCUUAUCCGGAGCCGUAAGGCCAGGACUGAUUCGACCACGAGCUUCGCAUCUGCAGCUGGUCGAAGCGCUACGGACCUGCCGCGCAGUAACGCAUCUCCGGUAUCGCAGCAUGACCUCUUCAAUCAGUUUUUCCGCAGGGACAUGGUCAUCUUCCACAACCUGGAUCCGUUCCGGGCUACGGAUUUCCAACUUGUCCUCGUGACCUCUUAUGUGCUCCUUUGGGCGUUCCUUCCUCCGCUCUCGUACACUGCCACCCUGGCGUUCCUUGCUGUGCACACCCUCGCCUGGGUGCUUUUCCACUCUUUCGGCUUGGGUCUUGUUCUUCGUGCUCAGUCUGAGCGGAAAUUCCUCGUCCGCCACUUCCUCAAACAUUAUCACUACCCCCGUAAUGAUGGCGGAAAGGGUGCGGUCUAUGAAGCAUUUUCCAACUGGAAGUCUAUUUACAACACGUCUAUGUGCAUGACCUACGCCUCCUUCAUUGGCCUGGCAUGGAAGACGUACUCUAUUCCGUAUAAUUGGACAGUCGGAAAUGAGUUGUUACGGCAUACAAUGGGCGCGCUCCUAAUAGCCUUGCACGUCUGGGCCACACUUGAGCAGUACGAGGUGCUUGGGAUGUUCGGCUGGUUCUUCGGCGACUUCUUCAUGAUGGAGGGGUUCGCCGGACAACUCGAAUACAACGGCAUAUACCGGUACCUGAACAAUCCGGAGGUCAUGAGCGGCGCGGCGUUCUUUGGGCUCGCGCUCAUCAGCGGUAGCAAACUCGUGUUCACCCUCGCUGUUGUCCGUCACCUGUCCCAGUGGUGGUUCAUGAGCAAGGUGGAGAACCCGCACAUGCGGCGACUUUACGGCGACUCGCUUAGAAGUGACGCAGGCUUCGUCAAGGUUAUUAAGAAAGUCGCUCAGCGGAACGCCCGCAUACUUGAACGACGUGCAGGGCGACACGCGCCGGAGAUUAAGCGAGUCGCCAGGGAAGUUAAGGGGACAUUUGACAAGGUCUAUGGCGAGACUGCCGACGCGCUCGAGGAGUUCCUUGCGAAGUCAAAACCAAAGAUUUCGGAGGUGGUGCAGGAAACAAAAGUCCUCCUGCAGCAAUCCCGUGAGAAGCUCGUGAUUUCUCGUGUAGCAAGCGACCUCUCCCGCUAUGAUACUUCGAAAUACAGCAUCUCCAUUGUACCCAGCGACAUCGAUGGCACGCUGCGUUAUCAUAUGGGCGAGUCAAUCCGUGUUUGCUGGAAGGCCCCGCAGAACCAUUCCCGCAAGGAUUGGAUCGGUAUCUACAGGGUCGGCGCAAAUAUCUCCACUCUGGUCACGAAGGCCUCUUCGUUGGGUAUGUGGGUCCCUGUGCACAGCGAGGAAUGGGACGGCGACAUCCCCCUCAGCUCGGGUAUGCCUGCGCCGUCGGGCAGCGGUGACUACCAAGAAGGCGAAGUUGUCUUUCGCAGCAACCAGCUACCGUGGAAGUCGGGCAAGUAUGAGAUCCGGUACCACCACGACAGGAAGUAUAAUGUCAUGAGCCUGGCUGGUCCUAUUGAAAUUUACGUGGACAAGCCAUCCACCGUCGGUUUCGACUCUGUCCGCUCGUCCCUGGCCCACAUCGUGACGCUCGCUCUGGAUUCGGAUCCCUCGCUUGUUCCAGUCUCGUGCAGAGCUAUGGCUGAUGCCACGGUCGCCUCCCCCUCCACGGCUGAGAGCGCCACGGUCGCGGGCGCGAAUAGCGAAAGCGAACGGGACGCGCACCCGGACGGCGUCAUCACUUCGACCGAGGAAGACGGCAUACGCGACCCUGACGACUUCAGGUUCUGGUCCGAGGGUCAGGCAGUACGGAUCAGCAAGGCCUUGAGAGAGGCGUUUGGCGUCGAGCUUACCCCAGAGGUCAUCAUUGCCGACGCAAAUCUGAGUGCAAUAGCAAACAGGAUAUUGGUUGCCCGGGGCUUCUCAGAGUCCUAG